CGGGGCGUGUGUGCGGGGUGUCUGCGUGGCUUUGGUCCCUGGUGCAGGAUUUGUGUGGGGCUAUAGUUCCGAGCGAGCAGGGGAGUCAAGAGAACCCCAAUUUUAAUGAAGGAAUGUGCCAGGACCCAGAGAGCUCUGGCGGUGCGCGAUUCUUAGAAGCUGGAGGACCAAGAGGCCCGGAACUGAAACCACAGAGGGAACAAGUUUCUGAGAAAGGGAGAGAAAAGGGGACCAGGGUGAUGGGGUGCCUGCAAGAGAGGCUCACAAGGGCGCCAGGAAGAGAUUGGCAAGAAAGCCUGGAUGGUGGUGAGACCCACAGUUAUGAAAAGAUGGAGUUUGAAACAGAACCUUGAAAGUUGGAGGUGAUAGUAGAGUCGUGCUGAAAAAUGGCGAAAGGAAGAAAUGCACCCCAGAUUUGCGUUCCUCGCACUGCUUAUUUAGCUUAGCAAAAUAGAGUGGAAAUAGUCUUAAUGUUGUGAGAAAGUGAACAUAUAUGUAUACAUAUGUGAUUGAGACUACACAGAAAUACCGGAGUGGUAGCUGUAAAGAAAGGCACCAUUGGUAGAUAAAAGUAUUGACUGGAGAACUGUAAACAAAUAGAGGGCCGGGAGCUAGGUGCUGGAUCUGAGCACAGGAGGCUGAAGCAGGAGGAUUGUGAGUUAAAGGCCAACCCAGUCUACAUAGGAUGACUCUUGUCUCCAAAAAUAAAUAAAUUUGAGGAAAAGUUGAAACAAGAUGGAGAAAGUGGAGAAAUUCAAAUGGAGGUCUGAGGAAGAGAGGGAGGGAGGGAGAGAGAGAGAGAGAGAGAGGAGAGAGAGGGGAGAGAGGGAGAAAUAGAGAAAUAGAAAGAGAGGUAUUGGGAAGAUGGCCCGGUAAGCCAUACUUGGACAUAAUGGUGCUUACUUGCAGUCCCAGCACUUAUGUGGUGGAGACUGGAUGGUGAGUGAGUUCAAGGUCAUGCUUAUCUGUGUGGAGAGUUCAAGGUUAGGCUAAACUACCUGAGACCCCAAACCAAAUGAAGGAGUAAAAUGCCCGAGGGAACAGACCCAUUGGCAGCCAUGGGUGCUGAUGUUGGGCCUAGUGUGAGUCAGGGUUUUUGUUGCCUAGAAGGAGCUUUCUCCUCCUUACUGUCCCAGUCUUUUUCUGAGGAUCACUGGCUCCAUCUUCUAGCAGCUUUCCAAGGCCUGGUCCUCAUUCCCUUCUAGAAUAGAGUUCUCUCAGUCCUGUCAUCACCGAGCUUCAGUCUUUACUCAGAAGUGUUGUACUCUGCAGUGUCUGCUAUGUUUGUGGGACUCACAAGGUCUUCCUCCCUGGACACUCAAAGAACCUGGAAGUCCAGAAUGGACCCUUGUCCCUUCCAGAGACCACUGCAGGAGUCAUGAAGCGCUUUGUGCAGCUCCACCUACCCACCAGGCCCCUGGCUACCCACCCUGCCGUCCACAGAGCCUCUGUACAUGGAAAGGGGAGGUGACUCUUUGAAGAGAAAGCAGUUCCUGGGGUCGGGAGUUAGGUGAGAAUACUUAGUCUAAGCGAUCAGAACGGAGACUGUUUCUGUGACAGCAGUUUGAUAGGAACCAUGCCUCCUCCCAGGACAAGGGAGGGGAGGGGUCACCGAGACCGAGACCACCAUCGAGCUCCCAGGGAGGAAGAGGCCCCGGAGAAAUGGGACUGGAAUUGUCCAGAGACUCGUUGUCUCUUGGAAGAUGUAUUCUUCCGCGAUGAGGAUUAUAUCCGUCGUGGUUCAGAGGAGUGUCAGAAGUUCUGGGCUUUCUUUGAACGCCUGCAGAGAUUCCAGCACCUCAAGACCUCCCAGAAGAAGGAGAAGGACCCUGGCAUGCCCAAACAUGGCAUCGCUGCUUUAGCUGACCUACCUCUCACUUACGACCCACGCUACCGCAUCAACCUCUCCAUUCUCAGCCCAGACACUCGGGGUCGUCAUGGGCCCGGCAGGGGGCUGCCGCCCGAGAGAGUGUCCGAGUUCCGCCGUGCAUUGCUUCACUACCUAGACUUCCAGCAGAAGCAGGCUUUUGGGAGGCUCGUCAAACUGCAGCGUGAGCGAGCGGCACUUCCCAUCGCCCAGUAUGGGAACCGCAUCCUGCAGACUCUCAAGGAACACCAGGUGGUGGUGGUGGCCGGGGACACAGGCUGUGGCAAGUCUACUCAGGUGCCCCAGUACUUGCUGGCCGCCGGCUUCAGUCACGUGGCAUGCACUCAGCCCCGGAGAAUCGCCUGCAUCUCACUGGCCAAGCGCGUUGGCUUCGAGAGCCUCAGUCAGUAUGGCUCCCAGGUUGGCUACCAGAUCCGCUUUGAAAGCACUCGGUCGGCAGCCACCAAGAUCGUGUUCCUGACGGUGGGGCUGCUCCUACGCCAGAUCCAGCGUGAGCCCAGCCUGCCCCAGUACCAGGUCCUGAUCGUGGACGAGGUCCACGAGCGACACCUGCACAAUGACUUCCUGCUGGGUGUCCUGCAGCGCCUGCUGCCCCAGCGGCCUGACCUCAAGGUCAUCCUCAUGUCGGCCACCAUCAACAUCUCUCUCUUCUCCAGCUACUUCAGCCAUGCUCCGGUGGUGCAGGUGCCUGGGAGGCUCUUCCCCAUCACGGUAGUCUACCAGCCGCAGGAGGCAGACCAGACAGCAUCCAAGUCAGAGAAGCUGGACCCACGGCCCUUCCUGAGGGUGCUGGAGGCCAUCGACAAUAAGUAUCCCCCCGAGGAGCGGGGGGACCUUCUUGUCUUCCUCAGUGGCAUGGCGGAGAUCACCACGGUGCUGGACGCAGCCCAGGCUUAUGCCAGCCUCACCCAGCGCUGGGUGGUGCUGCCGCUGCACAGCGCCCUCUCUGUGUCUGACCAGGACAAGGUGUUCGAUGUGGCUCCAGCUGGAGUCCGGAAGUGCAUCCUGUCCACCAACAUUGCCGAGACCUCAGUCACGAUCGAUGGCAUCCGCUUCGUGGUGGAUUCUGGGAAGGUGAAGGAGAUGAGCUACGACCCACAGGCCAAACUGCAGCGGCUGCAGGAAUUCUGGAUCAGCCAGGCCAGUGCUGAGCAGCGCAAGGGCCGAGCGGGCCGCACGGGCCCCGGCGUCUGCUACCGUCUCUAUGCCGAGUCUGACUAUGAUGCCUUUGCGCCGUACCCAGUCCCGGAAAUCCGCAGGGUGGCCCUGGAUGCACUGGUGCUUCAGAUGAAGAGUAUGAGUGUGGGGGACCCACGCACCUUCCCCUUCAUCGAGCCCCCUCCACCUGCCAGCGUGGAAACCGCUAUCCUCUAUCUCCAAGAGCAGGGGGCCCUGGACAGCUCGGAGGCCCUCACCCCCAUCGGGUCCCUGCUGGCCCAGCUGCCUGUAGAUGUUGUAAUUGGGAAGAUGCUGAUCCUCGGCUCCAUGUUCAGCCUGGCAGAGCCUGUGCUCACCAUUGCUGCUGCCCUCAGCGUCCAGUCACCAUUCACCCGCAGUGCCCAGAGCAACCUGGACUGUGCCACUGCCCGGAGACCGCUGGAAAGUGACCAGGGUGACCCCUUCACACUCUUCAAUGUCUUCAAUGCCUGGGUGCAGGUGAAGUCUGAGCGGAGCGGAAACUCUCGAAAGUGGUGCCGCCGCCGGGGUGUGGAGGAGCACCGGCUGUAUGAGAUGGCCAACCUGCGGCGCCAGUUCAAGGAGCUGUUGGAGGAUCAUGGAUUGCUGAGUGGGGCCCAGGUAGUGGCCCCAGGGGACAGCUACAGUCGGCUGCAGCAGCGCCGAGAGCGCAGGGCCCUGCACCAGCUGAAGCGACAGCAUGAGGAGGGUGGGGGACGCAGGCGCAAGGUGCUGAGGCUGCAGGAGGAUGGCUGCUCCAGCGAUGAAGAGGACCGAGAGGGCUCUACCUCCCAGAGGGCUGACAGCGUUGACAUCCAGGAUGUGAAAUUCAAGCUUCGGCACAACCUGGAGCAGCUGCAGGCAGCUGCCAGCUCAGCCCAGGACCUGACCCGAGACCAACUGGCCCUGCUCAAGCUGGUGCUCGGGCGGGGGCUGUACCCACAGCUGGCUGUGCCCGAUGCGUUCAACAGUGGCCGCAAGGACUCAGACCAGAUUUUCCACACGCAGGCCAAGCAGGGCACCGUGCUGCACCCCACCUGUGUCUUUGCCAACAGCCCUGAGGUAUUACACACACAGGGGCAGGAGGCCUCAGGCCAAGAAGGGAGCCAAGAUGGCAGGGACCAAAUGAGCUGCAAGCAUCAGCUGCUGGCCUUCGUCUCCCUACUGGAGACCAACAAGCCAUACCUGGUGAACUGCGUCAGAAUCCCGGCCCUCCAGUCCCUCCUGCUGUUCAGCCGCUCCAUUGACACCAACGGUGACUGCUCCCGCCUGGUGGCUGACGGUUGGCUAGAGCUGCAGCUCGCAGAUAGCGAGAGUGCCGUCCGGCUCCUGGCAACAUCCCUGCGGCUCCGUGUCCACUGGGAAAGUGCCCUGGACCGGCAGCUGGCCCGCCAGGCCCAGCGACGGAAGCUAGAGCAGGAGGAAGACAUGGGGUCUCCAGCAGUCAGCCCCCAGGAGGUGGCUGCUCUGAGCAGGGAGCUGCUGCAGUUCAUGGUGGCCAAGGUUCCCUACCGCCUCCGAAGGCUCACUGGUCUAGAAGCCCAGAACCUCUACGUGGGACCCCAGACCAUCACGACCGCCCCUAGUCUGCCCGGCCUCUUUGGAAAUUCUACCCUGUCUCCACACCCCACCAAGGGGGGCUACGCUGUCUCUGAUUAUCUCACCUACAACUGCCUCACGAGUGACACUGACCUGUACAGUGACUGUCUGCGUUCCUUCUGGACCUGCCCACACUGUGGCCUGCACAUGCCCUUCACACCCUUGGAGCGCAUUGCUCAUGAGAACACCUGCCCUGAGGCGCCAGGCGAUGAUCCAGGGUCUGAGGAGGCUGCUCCUGCACCACCACAGAAGACAUCAGCCCUGCAGAGGCCCUACCACUGCCAGGUGUGCGGGCAGGACUUCCUCUUUACCCCAACUGAGGUACUAAGACAUCGAAGGCAGCAUGUCUGAGCCAGCACUGCUCCUGGAGCGCCCAAGUGGGGGACAGCAGUGUGUCCAUGCAAAUAAAGUCAGGCUUUGCUUCAGGA